UCAAGGUUUGAGUUUAACAUUGGAUCUCUGUUAGUUUUUGUGAUUUCAUUUUUUAAAUGAAAAUGUUUGUUUGCAAUUCAUUUACACAAAAUAUUGUAACAGUUUUGUGGAUGCUGUCUAGUUUGGACCUUGGAUUGGCAGGGAUAAGCAUAAUUGAAGUUCCCUUGACCAAAAUAAGAAGCAACUACUACGGUUACAUUCGAGUAGGAACUCCUCUAGAGGAAGAUGGGGAAGACCAGAUUUUCCGAGUUAACUUUGACACUGGUUCCCAGCAUUUGUGGUUAAUAACGACGGAAGCUUGUAAGAAUCCGGACUGUAAGGAAGAGAAAUUCACCCCUUAUGAUAAAACUAAAAGCAAAACGUAUACAAAAAUUGAUGAUCGUCCGUUUUCCUUGAGCUACAGUGACGGGACAGAAGUCAAUGGCCAUUUAGGUUCUGACGUUUUAAAGAUAGGUGUGGAAGGCAAAAGAGCUGAAUUCACUCAGGUCAUCGGAUUCGCCAGCUCAGCCAAAGGUGUUUUCAGAGAUUACGACGGGAUAUUUGGACUUGGACUUUUGACUGAGUCUCUUAUCCCAGGCGAGGAAUCUCCAGACCCUCCUAUGUAUACGAUGAAUGAACUAUACGACAUUGGGGAGUUUAGUAUUUAUUUUUCCAGGGUCUUUAAUGGUGACGGUGCUGGGAAAAUAUUGUUUGGAGGUUACGACACGGAACUAGCCAUGGAACCUAUGCAUUGGCAUGAUGUUGUGAGCUUUGAUGGCGAUUACCAGGGAUACAAUAUACGUUUGAAAAAAUUAAUCGUAGAGACAGGGGGAGAAAAAAGAAAAAUAGAAUUUGAGAAUAUGUUGGCCUUACCGGACUCUGGUUGCAAUGUAAUUACUGGACCUUUCGAACAGUUUGACAAACUGAGGAACGAAAUAUACAGUCAUGCAACCUUCAAAUAUUCCAGCACAGAUAUACGAUCGUUCAAAUGCAAUGAAGAUGUAAGUACGUUACCAAAUAUAGUUUUUGUCAUGGAUGACAAAGAAUAUAAAAUGGAGCCCAGGGAUUACAUUUGGGUUUUCCCCUCAGGCGAACGUUGCUCAGUCGGUAUCUACGGUAUGGAAACAGACCAUAUUGUUUUGGGUCAGGUUUUCAUGCAGGCAUUUUAUACACACUUCAACAUUGAAGAAAAGAAAGUAGGAUUCGCACGAGCGAACCACAGUUAAUAACUUUAAAAAAUAAAACGUAUCCUACUAUAAGCCCAAAAAUAGUUUAUAUUAUAAUGUUUUUAAAUA